AUGUCAGAUUCAAUCACUUGUCAAUUUUUACUUUUAUUUAUUAUCUAUGGUUUGCCGCCGUGCCCGUACCGUACUAUAAUUUUUGUGAAUUGUAUUUUUAUAGGAAAUUCAGUUGUUGUUUCUAUCGCAAUGGCAGAUUCUACCGUAACAGAUGUCACUAAAAUGAAAGUGGUCGAUUUGCGCAAGGAAUUAAAGUCCCGCGGACUUUCAUAUACGGGGGAUAAAGCGGAGUUAGUAGCUCGACUUCAAGCUGCAAUGUCUCAAGAUGAACACGGCGACAUCAAUUUGGAUUCUGAUGAAAUUGACUCUGAUGGUGUUCUAGAGGAUGAAGAUGAUAAAAGCCAAGGUGAUAUACUCGAUGACAAUGCUGUAGAUACGUUGAAUGAAGAGUUAGCGCUUUCUGAACAGCCAUCUCCCGUAAAAACCACGCCAGAAGCUAAACCGCCUCGAACCCUCAAAAGGAGAAUAACCUCAACAGAUGUAUCUAAAGAUAAAACUGAAGAUAAUAAAUCAACAGAAAGUAAAGAGUCUGCCUCUAAAAAGAUUGUGUUAAACAGAGCUAUAUCUAUAACAUCUACUUCUGAAAAGUCUGUUGAAGACAAAGAUGCAGCAGAGGCCGAGAUAAAUCCCACAAGUAAUAAAAUUAAAAUUACGGCAGAUUUAGAUACUAAAACACGGUUGGAAAUGAGGGCAAAACGAUUUGGUUUACCAGUAAAAAUGAGUGAAGAUGAGAGAAAAGAAGCCCGUAAACAAAGAUUUGGUCAAACUGUAUCAGCUAAGAGUACAGCCAUCUCAAACUCAGGCACAUCUGUGAAUUUAGAAAAAUUCAAGAAAAGGGCUGAAAGGUUUGGACAGUCUGUCUCUAAAAUUAUGACUGAUAUAGAAAACCAAGAAAAAUUGGCUAAACGGAAAGCUAAAUUUGGAGGAUCAGCAUAA